AUGUUUUCCAAACACUUUGGCAAACACUUUGACUUGAUCCAGACAGGUGAAGUCAAACUAGCCAGUGGUGAGUACAUUCUCUACUCUGGACAUGCAGAGGAAGCGGCACCACACACAGAAGGAGUGGCACUCAUGCUCUCCAAAGAAGCACAACAGGCCCUCAUCGGUUGGGAGCCCAUCAGCUCAAGAAUUAUCACUGCAAGAUUCCAUACCACCCAUAAAAGAAUCAACCUUCAAAUCAUACAGUGCUAUGGACCUACCAACAAUGCAGAGGAGGAAAUGAAGGAUAACUUCUAUAACCAACUACAACAUCUACGCCAGUCCAGGAAGGAAAAAGACCUAACCUUACUCAUGGGUGACAUUAAUGCCAAGAUGGGAAACAACAACAAUGGAUACGAACUGGCCAUGGGAAGACAUGGACUUGGCACCAUGAACGAAAAUGGGGAAAGAUUUUCAGACAUAUGUGCUGACACCAACCUGGUCAUAGGAGGCACCAUAUUCCCCCAUAAACACGUUGAUAAAACCACCUGGAUAUCUCCCGACCACACUACCGAAAACCAGAUUGACCACAUAUGCAUCAACCGGAAGUUCAGACGGUCUCUCCUGGAUGUGAGAGUAAAGAGGGGGGCAGACGCUGGAUCAGACCACCACCUACUGGCUGCAAAACUCCAACUCAAGCUAAAGCGCCGCAAUACCCCUUCUGGGAACAGAACAAAGUACAACAUCCAGCUCUUCCAAGACAUUGGAACAACUGAGCUGUAUAAAACCACCCUUCAGAACGGGUUUCAAGCCCUGCAAGAACAACCAGUGAAGGAGUACUGGAACAGCCUGAAAAGUGUAUGGAAGGAGACUGUUGGAUUUGUUUUAGGAAAAGGCUAA